AUGCCUGGCCGACCAACGACAAAUUCUGCCACGGCAGACAUGGAGGGAAUUGCAGUGAUUGGAAUGGGAUGUCGCUUUUCCGGGGGAGCGGCCUCCGUUGAGGAUUUUUGGCAGAUGCUUUGUGACGGACGCACUGGGCAUGGAAAGAUCCCCAAGAGCAGAUAUGAAGCCUCCGCCUGGCAUCAUCCUAGCCAUGAUCGCAAAGGAGCGAUCAAUCAUGAUAGUGGAUUUUUCUUGCAAGAAGAUCCAUCGCGAUUCGAUGCUCCCUUCUUCUCUAUUACCGCGAAGGAGGCGGAGGGAAUGGACCCAGCACAGCGUUUGCUACUCGAGGUCGCAUAUGAAACAUUUGAAAACGGAGGGAUCCCGAUAGACACACUUCCAGGGAGUAACACGGCAGUAUACUCCGGCUCAAUGACCAAUGACUAUGAGCUUCUAUCAACGAGGGAUAUCUAUGAUAUGCCUCACAAUUCGGCUACCGGAAAUGGAAGGACUAUGCUGGCGAAUCGAUUGUCAUGGUUUUUUGACCUCCAAGGCCCGAGUAUCAUGAUGGACACUGCGUGUUCCUCGAGCUUAACUGCGGUCCACCUAGCGGCCCAAUCUUUAAGAUCUGGAGAAUGUGGCAUGGCCUUGGUGACUGGAGCCAGUCUUAUUUUACACCCUAAUUUUACACAGAGACUUUCCUACAUGCACAUGAUGAGUGCAGAUGGAAUCAGCCACUCAUUUGACGAGUCUGCUAAUGGAUAUGGCCGCGGAGAGGGCAUCGGAGCUGUAUUGUUGAAGCCCCUCAGCGCCGCAUUGGCGGAUGGAGAUAAUAUCCGAGCCGUCAUUCGCGGCACGGGCAUCAAUCAAGAUGGCCGUACUCCGGGAAUCACACUACCCAGUCCAACCGCCCAGGCCAACUUGAUUCGUUCGGUUUAUGAGCGGCACGGAAUUUCAAUGAGAGAUACUGCUUACUUUGAAGCUCAUGGAACUGGAACCCCGGUCGGAGACCCUACGGAGCUGUCCGCUGUUGGAAUGACCCUGGGUCAAGCUCGAACACCGACUGAUGAGCCAAUAUACGUCGGCUCUGUGAAAACUAAUCUGGGCCACACUGAAGGCGCCGCAGGAGUCGCUAGCUUGAUAAAAGUCGUCCUUUGUUUGGAAAAAGCCACCCUGGUUCCAAACGCCGGGUUCAAAAAUCUGAAUCCCAAGAUCAGGCUUGAUGACUGGCGUUUGCGUCUGAGUGACAAAACAAUGCCUUGGCCAGAACAUCUACCCCAGCGAGCUAGUAUCAACUCAUUCGGCUUUGGUGGAUCAAACGCGCACGUCAUUCUAGAGAGCACCAAGGAAGCCUUCCGUGGUGACGCAGAAGACCGCGAACCGGCCCCCCAUGUGGUUGUGUUCUCUACAUUCGAUCAAACUGGCAUCGAACGGCUCGGUCAGAACUGGAGUGCAUUCCUUGAACGUCAACAAAAGGCCGAGCAAGAGGUUUGUCUCAAGGACCUAGCGCAUACAAUGUUGACUCGGCGCUCGCAGCUGGGCUUCCGCAGCUUCGCGGUUGCUAACUCACAAGGUGAGCUGCAAAGCGCCAUUGGAAAGGGGUUACCGAAGUUUUCGCGUGCAAGUCGCAAGGCUCAGACAAGGCUUGCAUUUGUCUUCACGGGCCAAGGUGGCCAGUGGGCAGGAAUGGGUCGCGAGCUUUUGAGGGUUCCUAUCUUCAAGGAAAGCAUGGCACGGUCGCAGGGCAUUCUCGAAGCAAUGGGAUGUCCUUUUGACAUUGUGAAGGAGAUCAAAGCAGACGCAAAGAACAGUCAGAUCAACCGACCCGAUCGCAGCCAGCCUAUUACAUGCGCUUUGCAAAUUGCAUUGGUUGAUCUUUUGGCCAGCUGGUCCGUCUAUCCCAACGCAGUUGUUGGCCACUCCAGCGGCGAAAUAGCUGCUGGAUACGCCGCUGGGUACCUGUCUCAUGAAGAUGCGAUGCGAGUCGCGUGGUUCCGCGGAUUCUUCUCGCAGCAAAUUGCCGAAAGUGACAAACGAGGAGGCAUGCUAGCUACGGGCAUCUCCGCGGCGGAUGCACAAAAGUAUCUCGAUGGGCUGCCUCCGCGUUCAGUUGUGGUUGCCUGCGUCAAUAGCCCUGCAAGCACGACGCUUUCUGGCGACGUGGACCUCAUCGAUCAGCUGGAGGGGCGGUUACAGCAAGAUGGUCAUUUUGCUCGGAAGCUGCGCAUUGAUACAGCGUAUCAUUCCCCGCAUAUGGAAGAGCUGGUUGAUGUGGUGGGUAACGCCAUCAAUCGUAUCAAACCGGAGGAUCGAUACAACGGCUCCAUUCCGAUGCUUUCAUCCGUCACCAAGGAGCGUGUGUCCCCUGCCGAGCUGGGCGGAUCAUACUGGGUGCGCAAUAUGGUCAGCCCGGUGGAGUUCACUGCCGCAGUCUCACAGUUAGCUAGCCUGAGCGAGUCUACCAAGGGUCGCCGACGGCCAGUUCCAAUCAAAUGGACUGCAUUAAUUGAGAUUGGCCCGCACGCCGUUCUGAAGGGGCCUGUCACCCAAAUCUUGAAGUCUGUCAAUGUGAAUAUGUCAUCACUUCCUUACUACUCAUUGGUAUCGCGGAACCAGCAUGCGCUGCGAACAUCACUCGAAGUUGCUGGGUCUCUCUGGAGUACAGGACAUACAGUGGAACUUGCUGCUGUCAACAACAGUGUCGAUGCGACCAGCCCCAAAAUGGUUGCGGACUUGCCUUCUUAUCCUUGGAACCACCAAACUUCCUUCUGGCAUGAGCCACUAGAGACAGCACAGUUGAGACAGCGCAAGCAUCCGCGUCAUGAUAUUCUGGGAGCUGCACUGGACUACCAAAAUGCCUUAGAGCCACGAUGGAGAAACUUCCUGCGACUCUCGGAAAAUCCAUGGAUGGCAGAUCACGUUGUCGCCGGUUCAAUUGUCUUCCCAGCUGCGGGAAUGUUGGUGAUGGCCACAGAGGCGGCGAGGCAACUGGCGGAUAGUCAGGCAACCAUCAAAGGAAUAGAAUUCCAGGAUCUUCAUUUCAUGCGGGGAGUCGUUAUCCCAGACGAAGAACGUGGCUUGGAAACUCUUCUUCAGGUCUCGCCUCAUCCAGGAAUGCCGGGUUGGUAUCAAUUCGGAAUUUUCUCGCUUCCAGCCGGUGGUUCCUGGAUCCAGCACGCAAAAGGUGCAUUCACUACGCGAUAUGACAACCAUGACGAUGAUGAGCCUCACGCAAACUGGGAGGCAGCAUUGGAGCGCAUCAAGAACACUCAAACCGUUGCGAAGAUGGCUGACGUCAGGCAAGCACGCGACUGGUUGUCUAACACAGGAGGACUCACAGUGGGACCGGCAUUCCAGACCAUGACAGGCGUUUCUUUUUGUGAGUCAGAGCCUCGUCUCUGGCUGUCUGGGAUAGUCACAGAUACCAAACAAUCGAUGCCGAACGAAAGGGAGACACCGAGUUUCAUCCACCCGACGACUCUUGAUUGCCUUUUCCAGUCUGCACUUCUGUCAUGCUCUGAAGAACUGUCCAGCCAGGUGCCCAACAUCCCAGUCGGAGUGGAUAAGAUCUAUAUUUCCAAUGCCUUCCAGCCUCAACCAGGGGAGCAGUUUGUGGUUCACACCGAGACCAAGUGGCGAGAUGGCAAGUCGCGAUCCUACUGCAUUGCAUCUGAUCCUUCCUGGUCUCAGCCUUGGAUUACGUUUGAAGGAGUUCAUCUUGGUCGUCUUCCCUUCAACCCGAGCUCGCAGAAGCAAGAGGAAGCGUCCUCCGAAAGCCGAUAUUCCUCCAUUGUUUGGGAUGAGCAUUUGGAGUCACCGCUUGUCACUGCCCAAAUACAUGACGGUGACAAGAAGCUGGCCAUGCAGGCCAGUAGCCUACAGUUGACAGACUGGAUCAAGCGACUGUGCCAUACUCACGGGGAUGCCAAGGCGUUGGUCACUACCUCGGAUACAUCUAACUCUUGGAUUGAGAAUCUCCAAGACCUGAUCCCGAGUUCCGGAAAGCGUCCCUGCCUAGCAAAGGUCACUAUUGCUUCAUGUGGAGGAGGCGUUGAAGUUAAGGGUGGCGCGCCCGCAGAGAACAACUUCCCAGGAACUCAUGUUAUGCCCCUUGCUGCUAUUGAAGAACUUUCAUCUUCGUCGCUUGCUGAGAGCACAUAUGAUCUGGUAAUCAUUGACGAGUCGAGGCUUUGGGAAGACAAAAUUACCUCCAAAGUUUUGUCUUGCGUGCCCACUAUCCUCCAGCACGGCGGCUUUGCGGCCAUGCGCGUUUCAGACAUGAGCUUAGACUUGCAAGUGGAGAAGUUACAACGGGUUGAGGGGCUCGAGAUUCACAGCAUAACGGGAGACCGAAAAUUCAUCAUCGUUCGCAGAACGCCCGUCUCGUGGUCCACAGAUUCUGAGAUCUACGUCCUGAGUCCAGUCGAUAAAUCAAACUCCUUCCCUGUCUUUGGUCACCUUGAGAAAAUCUUUGCCACCCAUAACGUUCGCCUCGUGCCGGUUGAACUGGAACAGGCGUCUACACUGACAGGAAAGACAGUGAUCUCUUUGCUUGACUUGGCAGAUCCUUGGGUAUCCGGCUGGACAGAAAGUGAUCUCAAAUGCCUCCAAGAGCUUAUCCGAGCUCAGUAUGUUCUCUGGGUGUCGCCGUCUUGGGGCCAAGGAGGAGUUGAGAACAUUGGGUCAGGUGCUACUGGUGGCCUGUUGCGAACACUCCGCAAUGAGCAGUGGAACACCAGUAUUCCACACCUACUGGUCGAUGUCGAAGACUUGCAAGACCAAUUCGGACUGGCAUGUGGUAUUCUACAGGUCAUGCAGCUCACCACGCAGGAAAGCUCUCGCCGUUCCGACUUGGAGUACCGUCUAUCGAACGGCCGGCUGUUGGUCCCUCGAGUCCUCGAGACUCCAACGGUGGACGAGGCCAUGCACACGCUGAUGAACGGCCCCAGGCCCGUGCUUUCAGAGCUAACCCUUGACUCAAGGGUCCUUGAACUGAAGUUCGAAGAUGCCGAGAAUGCUCGGUGGGAGGAACAACAAGUCCCUGAAGAGCAACUUCUGCCGGAUCACACUGAGAUCAAGGUCGAAAUGGCCACAGUCUUCGAUAUGCAUGCAGAUCAGGGGAAGACACCAGAGACAGCUCUGCCCAUGUUUGAAAUCGUUGGAAAGGUCACGCGUAUCGGAUCUCGUGUGCACAACUCGUCUGUUGGUGACAAGGUGUUGACAUUGGCAUCCGUAAACUCGGGACUUUCGACAACAAUGCGUGUCCUGGAGAGUGAUACCAUCCGGAUCUCCGCGAACACUGAUCCCACAAAGGCUAUCUCGAGUCCCCUCGCAUACCUCAACGCGUACCAGAUUCUCACCCAAGUUGGCCGCCUUACCUCGAGUUCCUCGGUGCUUUUGGCUGGAUCAUUCAGUCAAACUCUUCUAGCCAUGAUCGAUUAUGCUCUUGCCAUGGACAUGCAAGUCAUUGUGGCAACCGAUUCUCUGGAUACCACCAAGAGCCUUCGUUCUCGCUACCCGGCACUGGCGGAUCGAAUCCUGGGUUUCCACGGGAGCCUGGAAGCGAGCGUAUCCAGGUUGACCAAUGGAUGUGGGGUUGAUGCCAGUAUCUGCUUCCUUGGUGGGUACGCAGGGAGGAAUGCUGCAAAAUGCCUGGUUCAAGGUGGACAAUACAUCAAUUUGUCCAACGAGAUGAAGCUGAGUGCUCUGCCUGAAAGCUUCAUUGACAGUGGCUGCACUUUCUCUUCACCACGACUGCAGAGAACAUUCUCGGAGAAGCCCGGAAGUCUCCACACUUCAGUCCGGAAUGUGAUAGACUUCAUGAAACAGCAUCGAUUGCUGGAUUCUGUUGAGCCUUAUUCCGUGUUCCCCAUUGCUGACCUCCAAGGAGCUUUGCAACAUUGCAAAGAGACCAACACUCGGGCUAUAGUGGAUCUUCAGGCCCCAGGGAAGGUUCCAAUUGUGCUCCCAUUGCCCGACCUUGCUGGUCUGUCGGCGAAAAACACAUACGUACUCGCCGGUGGGUUAGGAAAUUUGGGCCUAGCACUUGCUGAUACAUUGGUGCAAUCUGGAGCUCGCCACUUGGUCUUCCUUGGAAGAUCCGGGAAGACCCAGCCUAGCCAGGAGCUAGCCUUGGAUCUCCUCCGUGAUCGCGGUUGCGUUAUCGAUGUGCUACGCUGUGAUAUCUCCCAGCAGGGAGACAUCGACCACCUUUCAUACAAGAUUCGCAGCAAGGAUUGGAACGUCGCAGGAGUAAUUCAGUGCACAACAGUUUUGAAGGAUGCAAUGUUCCAGAACAUGACUUUCGACGAGUGGACACAAUCCACGCAGUCAAAGAUUCAGGGAACGCUGAACUUGCACCGUCUCUUCUCCGAUCCAGAUGGCUUGGAUUUCUUCAUGGCGCUAUCCUCCGUGGCAAGUGUGAUUGGCAACAUGGGCCAGGCGAACUAUUCUGCUGGCAAUGGUUUCAUUGAUGCUUUGAUGGAAUGGCGACACAACCAUGGCCUUCCGGGCAAUUCUAUCAACGUCGGCCUCGUUCCCAAUGCCAGCGGACUCAGUGACAUUGCCGAAGAUCAAGAGCAACGCCGCCGCCGAUACAAACACCUCGAGGGCACGGAAAUAAUGACUCACGAGCUCCAAAUCUUGCUUCGAGUCAUUGUUAACAGCAAGCUCUCGCUCCCGUGUCAGAUCAUUGCCGGAAUGACCGACUCUCUAUCUCGCAGCAAUGGCUCUACAGCGUGGGCUCUCGACCGGAAGUUCGAUCACCGUCUCCGUCUCGUCGUGGAGGAUAGCGGCGAUUCAAAGGUCCAGACCAGCACCUUACUCAAGGAGGCUGACUCCCUUGAUACUGCAGCUCAGGUUGUUCUCGACACUCUGAGUGAAUACUUGGCAGAUGCAAUGGCCACAACUGCUGAUGCUAUCGACUCGGAUUUGCCUUUAUCCGCCCUAGGUGUUGACUCGCUCAAGGCCACAGCUGUCCAGAACUGGGUAUCUCGUGAAUUGGGAGCAGAACUGUCUUCUUUUGAGUUCCUCGGCUCACAACCGGCCAGGACGCUGGCACGAAAGAUUGCUUCGGCUAGUUCAUUUGUCACGGUGCCGAGCUGA